GUCCCUCGUCCCUUGCCUUCCGCGCUCAUCAUCAUGCUCGACGAGUCCGCACCCAAGCGACGCCGUCUGCAGCGCUCCCCCACCCCAGAGGUCCCCGCAGAGGACGAGGACUAUGUGCCCUACGUGCCCGUCGCACAGCGCAAGCAGGCCAAAUUGGCAAAACUCACGACGUGGAGUGGAAAUCGAGACGCAUCCCGGAGCAAACGCGCCCUUGCCGAGGCCUUGGAGCGGGAGGAAGCCGAGAAUGAAGAGGAAGAGAGACGCAAGGAAAAGGCCCGGAUAGAACGCACCCUGCUGCUGGAGGCCCAGGAGGUGCAUCUACGCAAGGCCGCAGAGGAUGCGAAGAAGUCGGAGCAGCAGCGGAAAGAAGAGGAAGAUGCGCAAUUGCUGGAAGCGAUCAAGAGCAGGCGCAAGCUCGCGUCAGAUAUGGAAUUGGCGAAGGGGAUCCAGUACACUGAGCCGUUGAAGUCGAGUUGGCGUCCCCCACACUAUAUUCGUGGCCGCACUGAAGAGGAGAAUGAACGUGUGCGACAGAAGCAUCACAUCCUUGUUGAAGGAAAGGACAUACCACCCCCGGUCGAACACUUCGAGGACAUGAAAAUCCCGCGCGGUAUCCUCGACUACCUCAAGUCGAAGCGCAUAAUCGACCCAACACCCAUUCAGAUCCAGGGCAUACCCACUGCUUUCUCAGGACGUGAUAUCAUCGGCAUUGCCUUCACCGGCUCUGGCAAGACACUUGCGUUCUGCCUGCCCCUCAUCAUGUUCGCCCUCGAGGAGGAAAUGAAACUCCCCUUCGUGCGCGGCGAGGGUCCAGUCGGCGUCAUCCUUUGUCCCUCGCGCGAGCUGGCGAACCAGACGUACGAAAACGUGCUGGCUUGGUGUGAAGCACUGGCGAAGGAGGGCCGCUAUCCGCAGCUGAACACCUUGCUAUGCAUUGGCGGCAUCUCGAUGAACGACCAGGCUCACGUCAUGAGCAAGGGUAUUCAUAUCGUGAUCGCCACGCCCGGACGGCUGAUCGACAUGCUGGAGAAGAAGCGCUUGACGUUCAACAAUUGCAAGUACAUGUGCAUGGAUGAGGCGGAUCGUAUGGUCGACCUUGGUUUCGAGGAGGAUGUGCGGAAUAUCAUGAGCUACUUUAAGCGUCAACGCCAAACCCUCCUCUUCUCUGCUACGAUGCCGCAGAAAAUCCGGGACUUCGCACAACAGUCGCUCAUCCAGCCCAUCCUCAUCAACGUCGGGCGCGCAGGUGCCGCAAAUUUGGACGUCUUGCAAGUCGUCGAGUACGUCAAGCAGGAGGCGAAGAUGGUCUAUCUGCUCGAGUGCUUGCAAAAGACGCCCCCGCCCGUUAUCAUCUUCAGCGAGAACAAGAACGAGGUCGAUGAUAUCCAGGAAUACCUGCUACUAAAGGGCGUCGAAGCGGUCGCGAUCCAUGGGUCCAAAUCCCAAGAAGAGCGUCAAUACGCCAUCAAGUCCUUCAAAUCCGGUGCCAAAGACGUGAUGGUCGCCUCCGGUGUCGCCUCGAAGGGCCUCGAUUUCAAUGAGAUUCAGCACGUUAUUAUCUUCACGAUGCCCAAGGAGAUCGAGGACUAUGUCCAUCAGAUCGGUCGCACGGGCCGCAGCGGGAAGACUGGUAUCGCGACCACGUUCGUCAACAUGAAUACGCCCGAGCAGACGCUGCUCGAUCUGAAGUACUUGCUUAUGGAAGCCGGCCAGAAGGUCCCGCCGUUCCUCGCGUCAAUCGAGGAUCCGCGCGCCGCGCAGGGCGGCGCUCUCAAAGGAUGUGCCGUGUGUGGCGGCCUCGGACACGGGAUCUCGAACUGUCCCAAGCUGGAGGAGACGCAGCGGAGGCAGAUGCAGUCACACCGGAUGGCCCAGGACGGUGGUGGGGGUUACUAGGCUGUCGAUCGGGGUAUUAGUGUUGCUGUUGUAUGUUAUUUGCUCGCUUGUCCGCUUUCCCCAUUAGGAAUGCAUUGUGAUGAAUUCCUUUGAA